AUGUAUCUCCCACGUUCUCUCAUAUCCAAGCUCUACAUCCACCUUCAGAAAACGCGCCAUCCCCUCUCCCCACCGGUACUCAUACUCGUCACGCUCGAUCCCGACGCUCUCUGCGCUUGUCGAAUUCUCACGAGACUCCUGAAACAUGACUACAUUCCGCACAAGAUUCACCCGGUGGUGGGACUCAGCGGGUUGGCACAAGCUGGACAAGACUUGGUGGCCCCAAUGAUGGAGUCCCAGGGCGGCAGCGGCGGCCUUGUCGUCUGCCUGGGGGUGGGAGGAAUGGUUGAUCUCGGUGAGGUGCUUGGACUCGAAACUGAAGGCGAUGAUAGUCCGUACAGCGGGGUCGAGGUCUGGGUUAUCGACGCACGAAGGCCUUGGAAUCUGGGCAACGUCUUUGGUGGCUUCCCGCUAGAGGUCGCCGCCGAGCCGUCGAGUUCAUAUCAGUCUCGAAUACCUGCUGGAGUAGAUGGAGGUAAGAUUGGAAGGUCUUAUAAGCCCGGGAGAGGUGGGAUAGUCGUCUUUGACGAUGGCGACAUUGAGGACGACCUCGAGGCCGAACGCAAUGCGUAUAAAGCACUAUUGGACAUGCCUGAUAUCGACGACGACGGCGACAGCCUUGACUCCGAAGAUGACGCUGAAGACGGUGCCGGGGAUGUCGACGAUGAGGUGCAAGAAGCCACCCGGGCUGGGCAGAAGCGGAAGAGUUGGUCAGAUAGUCACGACGAUGGCUUGUCUGACGAUGAUGAUGAUAGACCGGCGCAAAGACGCAGGAGUAAUAUGUCAAGCCCCAUCGCAGACUCACCGCGGCGUCCUCAGCACAGAGGGCUACUGUCAUUGCGGGAGCCCAAUGCUGGGCUCUCCAGCGAUCCCGUCGAGCCACCAUCAGGAGCGCAGUCUGGUCCUGCAUCUUCAGCCGGGGCUCUGCGACGACGCUUGCUACGCAUGCGCCGAGAAAAUCAAGCAAUUAUCGCUCGAUACUACUCGGCGGGUUCUUCAUACUCGGAGCCGCUUUCGUCGAUGCUGUAUUCUCUCGCCUCAGAGCUUGGACGAGAGGACAACGAUCUUUUAUGGCUUGCCAUUGUGGGCGUGACGUCCAUGGAGCUCUAUGGUCGAUCUUCAGCCGGAGUGGCAGCACCUGUCCAUGCCACGAACAAGAACAGGCCUAGUGGAUGGAUGGGUGUGCGCGGGGCUCGGAUUCGCCAGCUUCUGCGCGAUGAAGUGCGGCGACUCAACCCUCCAGAGAUCACCAAUGGACGUGUGGCUUCAGAGAACACUGGUGUCAUUCCCACAACCGCCAAGAGCCCAGAAGACACGAGCAUUAGGCUAUCACCCGAGCCGCGGUUUCUCCUCAUUCGCCAUUGGAGCCUUUACGACAGCAUGCUACACUCCCCGUAUCUGUUCUCCAGACUAAAGACGUGGAGCGAAAAAGGCAUCAAGCGCUUGCACAAGCUUCUAGCUAAGAUGGGUGUCAGCCUUGCUCAGUGCAAGCAAAGCUACACCCACAUGGACCUGGUGCUGAAGAAGGAGCUACGAGCCAAGUUGCUCGAAUACGGCGUUCUAUACAAUCUCGAUGAGAUGGUACCCUCUGUUGGCACAGAUGGUAGUGAUCGAGGAGGCGCCAAGGAUGGCUGGGGUUUUGUAAGAAGCUGGGGCUGGCGUGCGACCUUGAGUGCAGAGGAUGUGGGCGUGGUAAUCGGCGCAUUACUUGAAGUCGGCAAACAUGCUACUGGAGCAGAGGCUAUCGUAACGUCCAGCCACAGGGAUCGAGACAAUGAGGAGGGCUUUGACUACACCUCGCAGGGUGACGAGUGGAUCAGUCGCUUCUGGGAAGCGUACGAUGCCUUGGAGGACAUUGAUGCGCUCAAGGCUGGUCUACCCACUGCUCAACACCUCCACCGUGCAAUCUACCGUACAGGCACGUCACUCAUCAACAAAAAGCAGAUCAAGCCCCUGAGAGCAUUCCGAAUGUGCGUGGUAAAAGAUGGCCCGGACGUUUCCUUGUUCAACCACCCCGCAGCCUUGACCAAAUUGUCGCUAUGGAUUGGCGAGGCAUUGGCUGAGCAGGAACGAGAAAUUCACGGGAAGCUAUCGCACGGCGGUCGAGGAACGCCACUCGUUGUUGCGAGCUUGGAUGAGAAGCGAGGGACGUAUGUAGUCGUGGGAACGGGUGGUGGGGGCGGCCCUGAUAACCUCUUCCUGGACCGAGAAGCGUCUAAGAAGCGCAAGGAAGCAAGGGAUGCAAAGGCCAAGGUUAAGGAGGAAGCGCGACAAGCCAAGGAGAAAGUCAAGGCGGAAAAGCGUGCAGCUAAGAAACAAGCCGGGGACGAUAACGACGAUGAGGACUUGGAGACCGAAUCGGAGGCUUCUGACACGGAUUCAGAAGAUGACUCGGACUUGGAGGAGGAUGGCAACGAAAUCAAGAAGGGAUUUGGUCGCAACAACUUCGGGCGAGCAUUCCAAGAGGUCGUCGCAGAGACGACCCGCCGGGACAAGAUCACCUCAGUCUCCAUCUUCUUUCGACUUCUCCUAGAUCUAGCGACGACCAUGGCAACCGAAGCCACACGCAAAGUCUGGGCUGACGGGCCGUACCAGCUCAUCACUGCGGAAAAGAGUCGCCCAGAGCCCGAUGGGACGCAGAGCGCCGCCAAAUUUAUGGCUGCCGAAAUGACAAUUGUCCACAAUUGCAUCCUGCGCGGUGUCAAUGCUAUCUACCACCAGGCCGUCAACGUGGCAGACAAAGGCACCAAAGAGGACAAACUUGAUUUCGCGCACUUUACAGCACAAUGGGGUGACAUGAUCCAUGAGCACCACGGAUUGGAGGAGUCCACGAUUUUCCCCCAGAUCGAACAGAUGACAGGAGUUCCGGGUCUGAUGGCCGCCAAUGUCCGUGAACAUGAGCAGUUCCACUCUGGCUUGUCUGCACUCAACGAGUACCUCGACAAGGUCAAACGCGAGGUGGAGGAACUGGACGGGGUCAAGUUGCGUAAUCUCGUGGAUGCCUUUAUGCCCGUGCUCAGGGAUCACCUCGACAACGAGAUUGACACCCUUCUCGGAUUGGCAGACUACGAAGACAAACAUGACUGGAAGAAGUGGUUCGAGAACAUCAGCUCUGGGAUGAUAAAGGCUAUAUUCUCCGAUUCUACUCUCAGAGUGAAUUGUCCCUUGCCGCCGCGGAUGGACGAGCGAGCUGACGAGAACAAACAGAAUGAUAUCUUCCCCCUGACCUUGGUGCUCCAUGACAAGAAAUUUGAGCAAGGUGUGUUCAAGACCUUUCCACCCAUGCCUUGGGUCCUCCACGUGGCAGUGCGGUGGUUGUUUAUGAACACGCGCAAGGAUUGGUGGCGGUUCGCACCUUGCGACUUUUACUCCAUGCCAAAGGAGUUGCCCUUUGUUUGA